UUACAGCUCUGAUGGUACUAGUUGAACAGUGACCGCUUCCUGCCUGAGGACACCUGCUGCCCAACUCCCUUCAUCAUGUCUGGGAUUCACGCACCAUGGUCGACUGGCACAGAGUGUGUAGCCAAAUACAACUUCCAGACCGCCAACGAACAGGACCUGCCCUUCUGCAAAGGAGACGUACUGACCAUCAUCGGCGUCACCAGGGAUCCAAACUGGUACAGAGCGAGGAACACAGUGGGCAGAGAGGGCACUAUCCCAGCCAACUAUGUCCAGAAAAGGGAAGGAGUCAAGUCAGGAGGGAAACUCAGUCUUAUGCCCUGGUUUCAUGGGAAGAUAACUCGGGAGCAGGCCGAGCGGCUCCUCUACCCUCCAGAGACGGGCUUGUACUUGGUGAGGGAGAGUACCAACUACCCCGGUGAUUACACCCUGUGCGUCAGCUGUGAUGGCAAGGUGGAGCACUACCGCAUCAUCUACCACAACGGCAAGCUCACCAUCGACGAGGAGGAGUACUUUGAGAACCUCAUGCAGCUGGUGGAGCACAUAUCGACGAGUGAAGAGGGGCUUACAAGUUACAGGAUGAUAUGAACCCGAUGAUCUUAUACUUCAGCUGUGAUGUCUUCUCACUGCGUCUUCUGUCUUCUCUCGACAGGUGGCUGGGCCUUGAACAGAAAGGAGCUGAAACUGAUCCAGACCAUCGGCAAAGGAGAGUUUGGAGAUGUGAUGGUGGGAGACUACAGAGGGACCAAGGUGGCAGUCAAGUGUAUCAAAAAUGACGCCACAGCGCAGGCUUUCAUCGCUGAGGCAUCUGUCAUGACGCAACUGAGGCACAACAACCUGGUGCAGUUGUUAGGAGUCAUUGUCGAGGAGAGGGGCAGUCUCUACAUCGUCACAGAGUACAUGGCAAAGGGCAGCCUAGUGGACUACCUGCGGUCUCGAGGACGGACUGUGCUCGGCGGAGACUGCCUACUCAAGUUCUCACUUGACGUGUGUGAAGCCAUGGAGUACCUGGAGGCCAACAACUUCGUCCACAGAGACCUGGCAGCCCGUAAUGUGCUGGUGUCCGACGACAACAUCGCAAAGGUCAGCGACUUCGGCCUCACCAAGGAGGCUUCCUCCAUUCAGGACACUGCCAAGCUGCCUGUCAAGUGGACCUCCCCUGAAGCACUAAGAGAGAAGAGGUUUUCCACCAAGUCGGACGUGUGGAGUUACGGGAUCCUACUUUGGGAGAUCUACUCGUUUGGGCGCGUGCCUUACCCUAGAAUUCCGCUGAAGGAGGUGGUGCCCCGGGUGGAGAAGGGCUACAAGAUGGACGCCCCGGACGGCUGCCCGCCCGUCGUGUAUGACCUGAUGAAGCAGUGCUGGACCCUGGACGCCGUGGUGCGGCCCUCCUUCCGCAUGCUGAGGGAGAAGCUGCAGCAUAUCAGAGCCAAGGAGCUCUACCUGUGAAGAGGAGGCACGGGAGAGGGUGGGGUGGGGGAGAGAAGAGGGGGAGUGGGGUGAGAAGCAGCCGAGCGAUGCUGUAAAGCGGGAGGAGGAGGAGGAGAAGAAGAGGGACCACAGCGCCUUCCUCCUGCCCGCCCAGCCUGUUGACCUGUGGGACUGCCGCACUGUGCCCCCUCCCCUUCCUCGACCUCAGACGCCCACUAGCCGUCCUCUACUUCCACACACGGACUGUUUCCUGUUUGUGUUGUAUAGCUUUGGCCAGUUUCUUCUUCUCUCGAUGGGCCAGCACUCUUCCCUCCUUCUUUACCUGCCGCUUCACUCCCUCUCUCUUUCUCCUCUCAUGGUUUCUCCUCAUGAAGAUCCCUCUUUCUUUAUUGUAUCCUCCUCCUCUCCUGAACAUGGCAUUAACUGGAGGGGAGGCUGGCCUUUUCCUCCACGUUUGUCAGGUGCUCUCUCUUCUUCCCCCUCAUCCCUCCUUCAUUCCCGGUUCUCCGUAUCACGAUGUGGCUCUGCAUGCCUUUUCAGCCCAUCUCUCUUGUCAUUCCAUCCUUCCUUCAAUCCCUCCCUCCCGUCGGCGUGGUGUCAGGUGUGGGGCCUUCGCUCUGUGCCAAAGUGCCUCCAGUCUACAGAGCUCCAGACUUCCCUCCAGCACUUCUUUCAAUGGACUUUUUGUGGUUUGCUUUUUUAAUUGCUUUUUUUAAGAGAUCUUUUUUUAUUGCUUUCGGGGUUUUUUUCAGGGAGGUUAUCAAACCAUUUUUAGUGCUUUCUCCCCCACCUCCAACAUGCCCCCAUCAGACUGUAUGCAUUUUUUUUCAGAUGUCCAAAAAGAGAGAGCGUGAACAGGAAGAAGGAGGAUGUGGGGACCAGUAUCAUGUUUGUCCUCCGAUCGAGACAGUCCAGAGGAGCCGGCGGUGGGGCAGCAGGACAAUACCAGGAGGAGAAGGGGGGAAGGCAGUUCUCAAACAUGGUCAAUUCAUCAUAUGUGGGCUUGUUUUUAUAUCAAAAUAUAUUUAAAGGAUUAAAAAAGAACAAGGAAAAAACUGACUGGGGCAGAGAGUUAAAAAGAGGAGGACUUUAAGAAGCCAGGAGUCUCUUGGCGUUAGGAAUGUUCAGUGUCUCUGUGAAUGCUGGGGUCAGGGUGGUGCAUGCUGUGUGUGAGAGGCCUUGGGUUCAACUGUCAGUGCUUUCAAUGUUAAUUGUUUUAUUAUGCUAUCAUGAUUAUGAAUAAAUCAUUCCAUCUGAA